GAUAUCUUUAUUUCCAUGUCUCCCCACCACUUUAUCACCUACUUUGAUUUUAUGUUUCUUUGAAAUAUAUAUUUGAAUUGUUUCUCGAUUAUAGUUAGAACCUUCUUUUUGGUGGAUCCAUCUCACAUCAAUAACUCGCCCCUACCACCUAUAGGUAAUUCGUUCGCCAUUUGGGGCGUUGAUAUACCCACUAAAAUAUCGCUCAUUUCUACCCAAGAUCCCAUAAUCACAAUUCCAUUUUUGUAUUCUACCUGCGAAAUUCUAUUAGUGAUUCUUUCGAAGCUCGGAUUCAUUUAUAAAAAAAUAAAAACUCGAUUCAUUUAUAAAAAAAGAAAAGAAGAAGUUCUGAUUCUUCUUCCUCUGCAUUCCCUCUUCUCUUCCUUCACAGCGCUCAACUGCAAACACCAUCGCCAUUGGAGAUUGAAUUGCGUCACAGCAUUACUCCUCUUCGCACCACGAUUCAAGGGAAGGAUACUAGGAGGAGCAAUGACUACUGAUAAACUCACUCGAUCCAUACAAGGUCCAAUUUUGCAUUCGUUUAACAUAUCGACGAUUUCGGAGUUGUUGAGUAAACAGCACUGGUCAGUGCUCAAACCUCAUCUAAGAGUGACAAAACCUGCAACAUUUCUAGACCAAUUGCUUAAUGCUGGAGUUGAUUCAGAGCUUGUUUUUAGGUUCUUUAAUUGGUCUCAGAAAGAGUUCAGAUUUUCAUAUGGUCUUGAAGAAAAUGCCAAGGUUUUGCAUUUUCUAGCAAAUUCAAAAAGGUAUUCUAAAGUUAGGUCUUUUUUGGAUAGUUUUGUUAAAUAUAAGAAACAUACAGUUUCUUCUGUUUUUCACUCCCUUUUGUUGGGCGGUGGUCGAUCAGGUGCUACUGCUCUGAUAAUUGAUAUGUUGUUGUUAGCAUAUGUGAGAAAUUUAGAGUUGCAUUGUGCUUAUGAAGCGUUUACACGAGCUCAAGAUUAUGGAUUUAAAUUAUCACUGACUUCAUGUAAUCCGCUGUUGAGUGCUCUUGUGAAGGAGAAUAAAAUUGGUGAUGUGGAAUAUGUGUACAAGGAGAUGAUAAAGAGAAGAAUCCAACCUAACCUGUACACAUUUAACAUUUUGAUUAAUGGUCUUUGUAGAGCUGGUAAGUUGAUUAAGGCAGAGGAUGUUAUUGAAGACAUGAAGGCGUGGGGAAUUUCCCCGAACGUAGUUACUUAUAAUACUCUUGUUGAUGGUUAUUGCAAGAGGGGCAGUGCUGGGAAAAUGUACAAAGCUGAAGCUAUUAUGAAGGAAAUGCUUGCUAAUAAAAUUUGUCCAAGUGAAGUUACCUUUAACACUCUUAUUGAUGGGUUUUGUAAGGAAGAGAAUGUAUUGGCUGCAAAGAAGGCUUUUGAAGAGAUGCAAACGCAGGGAUUAAAACCUAAUGUAGUUACUUAUAACUCGCUGAUAAAUGGUCUAUGUAAUAACGGUAAGCUAGAAGAGGCAGUUGAUUUGUGGGAUAAGAUGGUUGACUUUGGUUUGAAACCAAAUAUUGUAACUUAUAAUGCUCUUAUUAAUGGGUUUUGUAAGAAGAAGAUGAUGAAGGAAGCAACAAAAGUUUUCGAUGAUAUAACUAAGCAAGAGUUGGUUCCCAAUGCUAUAACAUUCAAUACUAUGAUUGAUGCAUACUGCAAGGAAGGGAUGAUGGAAGAAGGAUUUGCACUGUGUAGUUCAAUGCUAGAUGAAGGGAUUUGGCCUACUGUUUCAACCUAUAAUUGCUUAAUUGCAGGCUUGUGCAGAAAACGAGACUUACCGGCUGCCAGGGAGCUUCUUAAUGAAAUGGAGAACAAGGGUUUAAAAGGGAAUGUUGUAACAUACAACAUCUUGAUAGACGGUUCGUGCAAAGAUGGUAAAUCAAGAAAUGCAGAAAAACUACUUAAUGAAAUGUUCAACCUCGGUCUGAAACCUAAUCACAUAACAUAUAAUACUUUGAUGGAUGGCUAUUGUAUGGAGGGGAAACUCAAGGCAGCAUUAAAUGUGAGGACGCGUAUGGAGAAAGAACGAAAGCAGCCAAACGUUGUUACUUAUAAUGUGUUGAUUAAAGGGCAUUGUAAAAUUGGCAAGCUAGAGGCUGCAAAUGGUCUUCUUAAUGAGAUGUUGGAAAAGGGUUUGAACCCAAACCGUACUACCUAUGAUGUAGUAAGACUGGAAAUGUUGGAGAAAGGCUUUAUUCCAGAUAUAGAAGGUCACUUGUAUAAUAUCUCUGGCAUGUCUUAACAAGUUGUAAUGAUAGAUGGGAUUUUAGUUAUCAGUAUAUUAAUCUACUGUUUAUAGUAGAGCUUCAUAAAUGAUUCACAAGAUAAAUAUCAACUUGUACAUAUCUUGUUUUUUGCUGCAUUUGUUGCACAAAACUAGAUACACAUCUGUUGUAUUGAGUUUAAUUGUCGGCCAAGUCUAUUAUGCAUACACUA